AUGGCUCAGUCUAAAUCCCAGUCUACAAUUGUAGACUUCCUCAAACAUCCCUUCCUACAGGUCUUUGGCCUCUUUUAUAUGCUUUUCCAGGGCAUCCUUACCUGGAUUUUCUCUCCUGUCCCUCCUCCUCCCGCAUCUACUGCCGAUGGUCUUCCCAAGAAGAGGGUUGCGGUAAUCGGUACUGGAUUGACGGGUGUUUCCUCGGCCGCGCAUUGCAUUGGCCAUGGCUUCGAUGUACAGCUGUUUGAAGCGCGACCGAAAGAUAGAGGUCUCGGAGGUAUCUGGAGUCGAGUCAAUUCCACCUCAUCGCUGCAAGUCCACAGCAUCAUGUACCGUUUCCAUCCAUCAGUGAAAUAUGCCACCGCCUAUCCUUCGCAGAAAGAAAUUCGUGAGCAGAUCAUCGAUGUGUGGAAGCGCUACGGUCUGCAAAAACAUACCGUUUUCGAAACCCCCGUCACGUCGGUCAAGCAGACAAAAGACGGCAAAUGGAUUAUUAACAAUGAUGAGGAGAAGUAUGGAAAAUUCGACGGCGUGAUCGCCUCUGUCGGUGUUUGCGGAGAUCCAAAGAUGCCACCUCUGCCCGAUCAAGAUCGGUUCAAGGGCAAAAUCUUCCACUCGUCUGAACUUGAUGGGAAGGAUGUCGAAGGGAGAAAGGUCCUCAUCAUCGGUGGUGGGGCCAGUGCUAUCGAGGCCCUGGAGUUUGCCGUCAAGUCAAAAGCGAGCGAGAUUGACGUCCUAUCACGGUCUGAUAAAUGGAUUAUUCCGCGCAAUGUCUUUGUUCAGUCGCUGCUGGCCUGCAACAUCUUUGGACAGGAAACGAUGCUGUCAUGGAUCCCUGAGUGGUUCCUCCACAAACUCUUCUACCGCGAUUUGCAGGACAUUGCUCCCUCCGGUGGUCUCUAUACCGAAACCCCCAUGGCCAAUUCCGAGCUCUUCGACCAGAUCCGCAAAGGCAAGGCACGCUGGCUUCGCGGCGACAUCGUCUCUGUAGAGGAAAACGGCAUCCUCUUCAACCAUCGUUCUAAGGGUGUGCCUAAGGAUGGCCCUGGUCACGAAUCGGUGGUCACAGGAGACGUGAUCAUCAUGGCGACUGGCUUCAAGCGCCCAUCGCUGUCUUUCCUGCCGGAUGAAUGCUUCCAAGACCCAUAUGGUCCUCCCAGCUGGUAUCUCCAAGUCUUCCCUCCCAAGUAUCCAAGUCUUUGCGCCAACAAUAGUACAUAUGUCAACGCAAUUGGAACCGUGGGCAACAUGCACAUCGGUAUCUACACACUCUUCCUCAUCAUGUUCUUGGUUGAUCCGUUGACUCGGCCAACGGAAGGUCGGAUGAAGACCUGGAUUGACUUCACGCGCCUUAUGAAGCGGCUUUCCCCAACCGGCGCCUUUGAUUUCUUUACUUAUGCUGAGCUGAUCUACUGGUACAUCUUCGUGAUCCUCGUCAACCCGUUCCGCUGGAAGUGGGCGCCUUUUGUGCUCUUCGGUAUUGGCCGCACUCUUCCCUUGGAGGUGGUCAGACAGGAAGAGGCAUUCCGAAACCAGUUGAGAAAGCAGCACUAG